AUGGCCUCGACAGCCUCUUCGGUGCCGCUCCACCCUGAUGAUCACCCCCAGGAAACAGCCUUCGAAGACAUUGGCGACAAUGAUGACGCGAGCGAAAUCACAACCUCAUCACACGAAAGCCCCGCGCGCCGCGCCCUCACUGACAUUGAAAGGCGCUCGUACGGCUCCGUACAGCGCAGCCUCGGCCUCAAGCUGCCAGCCGCGACAGCCUCGGCGCGCGCCAUUGCGCCCGAUCUCCACGGCACCGGUCGCGUGACCGAGGAGGAUGGUGCCGUCGUGCAUCAGGGGAAUUAUCGCAUCGCCUACGCCAUGCGCACCCUCGCCCAUUUCUGCGCGCCUGGGUUCACUUUCUUGCUGGGCAUGGGCAUCGUGUACUUUGGCCGGUCGAGGACGAAGCUCGGAUGGUCUGCCAGCCGAAUGGUUCGGCACUUCCUUGUCAGGGCCGUCGUUUUGACGCUCGUAUCAAUGGCCAUGGGGGGCAUCAUCACGGGGGGCGCCGUGUGGGUUUUCAACAUCAUCCUGAUCGCGCUGGCCGUGGAUUAUUUUCUGGUCGGCGUGCUGUGGGUUGGACUCUCGUAUACUGAACUGGCUCUUGCAACUGUCCUAUCCCGCUGGAUUCCGGACGAAGAAGCCGAGGCACCUCUUCUCGUCAACAACCGCGACGAGAGGUUCUCUGAGAAGCCCUCAUCCCGCGCCGAGAGCAUUUCGUGGAUGUUUCACAACAUGAUCCUUCUGGUUCUGACAACUGUCACUAUCUGGUGGAACAUGUGGAUGUCCCCAACUCACGGCUACUGCCUUGCCGAAGGUGCCCCUGAGCCUAAGGGCAGCCUCUUCCUCCGCUUCUGGUUCUACCAAGUCAUGACCAUGCGGUUCCCCGGUAUCGUCUCCGGCUUCCCGCCCCUCGCUUGGAUCUCCUUUGCCAUCCUCGGCGUCCUCUACGGCCGCCUGAUCCUGCGCCGCUCCUGGUCAGCCACGACCGUCGCCUGCGCCAACCUCGCCGCCGCCCUGGCCUUUUCCGUCCUCUUCGUCCUCACGCGCGCCCUACGCUUUGGCAAUCUAUCCGAGAACUGCCUCCAGACGAGUGACCAGCUUGCGCACCCGCAAACGAACCCGUACCUGGUCUCUGUGGCCUCCUUCUUCUAUGUCGUCAAGUAUCCGAUGUGGUGGAUUCUUGCCUUCACCCUCGCCGGCACGUUCCUCCUCCUCGCCAUCUUCACGGCACUUCCCGCGUCUUUCGAAACGCGCUAUUUCAAGGUCCUGCUCGUCUUUGGCACGUCGGCCCUGUUCUUCUACGUGGCGCACAUGUUCCUGCUCUUCGCCUUCGGAGGCAUCCUCGUGGCGUUCUUCGGGCACGAGACGGACUUCAAGGACCCGAUGGGGGAGGGGCCUGGGAAGGGAAUCGACAAUGUGUGGGUAUUCUUCGCUAACUGGGUGGCCGUGUUAUUUGUGCUGUAUUUUGCCUGUAAGAGGUACAGCGCAUUCAAGAGUACCAAGGGACCUGAUUCGAUCUGGAAGUUCUUCUAG